CGUCACUUCCGGCGCGAGUGCCGGGCGGGCCGGCCGGGGAGUGCGGGUCGGUACUGCGCGCGCUGCCAGCCGAGGCUCCUGCCGCCGUGACCCGCGCUCCGCCUGCCGCCGGGCUGCAGGGACUCCGAUAGCUAAUGUCAGAGGAAAGUGAUUCUCAGAGAACCAGCCCCUCCGUGGCCUCGCUCUCCGAAAAUGAGCUGCCACUGCCUCCGCCUGAGCCUCCUGGAUAUGUGUGCUCGCUGACAGAGGACCUGGUCACCAAAGCCAGAGAAGAGCUUCAGGAGAAGCCCGAGUGGAGACUCCGAGAUGUGCAGGCCCUUCGAGACAUGGUGCGGAAAGAGUACCCAUACCUGAGUACCUCGCUUGAUGACGCCUUCCUGCUGCGCUUCCUGCGGGCCCGAAAGUUUGAUUAUGAUCGGGCCCUGCAGCUGCUGGUCAACUACCAUGGCUGCCGGCGGAGCUGGCCAGAGGUCUUCAGCAACCUGAGGCCCUCAGCCCUGAAAGACGUUCUUAACUCGGGGUUCCUCACAGUGCUGCCCCACACGGACCCCAGGGGCUGCCAUGUCCUCUGCAUCCGGCCAGACAGAUGGAUACCGAGCAACUACCCAAUCACUGAAAACAUCCGGGCCAUAUACUUGACAUUAGAAAAACUCAUUCAAUCUGAAGAAACACAAGUGAACGGAAUUGUAAUUCUUGCAGACUACAAAGGCGUGAGCUUAUCAAAAGCAUCUCAUUUCGGCCCUUUUAUAGCCAAAAAGGUGAUUGGCAUCCUUCAGGAUGGCUUCCCCAUUCGGAUAAAAGCAGUCCACAUAGUAAAUGAACCUCGGAUAUUUAAAGGCAUUUUUGCCAUCAUAAAACCAUUUCUGAAGGAGAAAAUAGCAAACAGGUUCUUUCUCCAUGGGUCUGACCUGAAUUCUCUCCACACAAACCUUCCAAGAAAUAUCCUCCCCAAGGAGUAUGGGGGCACAGCUGGAGAGCUGGACACUGCCACCUGGAAUGCAGUGCUAUUGGCAUCAGAGGAUGACUUUGUAAAAGAGUUCUGCCAGCCUGUGCCUGCCUGUGACAGUCUCCUGGGCCAGCCACUGCUAUCUGAAGGGCUGAUCUCAGAUGCACAGUGUGAUGACUCCAUGCGAGCCAUGAAGUCCCAGCUCUACUCCUGCUAUUAGCACUCUUCUGGGAGAGUCAUGUAUAAUUCCUUCAUUCCUUAGACAUGCACAGAUUAAGAUGCCAAUGCCUCAGUCUUGCUCCAUCAUUAUGCAGUGAUGGAGCUGCCUACAGAGAUUCAAGGGUGAGCCCAUUACAAGCAGACCUUUGGCUACCUGGAUUAUUCCAGGGAAGACAAGGAAACCACCCCAGUGACUCUCAAAUGUUUGCAACUGCUAGUCUGGAUAAGCUGUCUGCAUCUAUUUCUUAUGCAUCUUGGUAGCAAUCAGAGUCAGUCACCUAAAGUGAAUAGAGAAGACACUGGAUUGAUCACAACUCUGAAGCAAUCUGCCAAUCUUGAAAUGUGGCCACAUAUGAAAUUGUUGAGAGUCUCUUUCCCAAUAAUCCUAGGUGUUGACCUCAGUUGUUCAUCAGCAAAUUUCAGGCCCCUGUUGUCAUCAAUGGGUCUGGAAAGCACUGUAAAUUGAGUGGUAGAAUUUCCGGGACCCAGGCAGGAUUAAAGAUCAGAUUUGGAAGCCAGGUGCUUCAGAGCAACCCUGGGAUUCCAGGGUUGAAUCUUGCAAUAGAAACUUUCCCCAAACCCAUAAAGCCUUAGCUCUCUUCAUCAUGGGAUCAUACAGGUCAACAUAAAAUCCUGGAUUCUAGGACUGACUGUGGCUAAGGAGUCAGGUGUGUGACUGGAUAGGACAUGGACCUCAGCUUUGUCAUCUCCAAAGUGAAGCUACCUGGAAUGGGGGCCUUUGGUGCUGCUGGUUGUUAGAUUUCCUACUUGGAAAGAUUACCACCUAGAGGUGGUUGGGUCUUGGUUUUUUGGUGGUCCAUACAUAAGACUUAUGUAAAGGAGUGUCACCACUUGGUCAGGCCUUUGAUGGUAACCAACUGCCUUUGCGGAAUGUUGGGUAAGCUUGAAAGGGAUGGCUUUGGUGAGGCUGGCCAAAUCUUAUACAAUUUCUUCCAGGCAGGCGACACUAGUAGCAUAUUAGAAACAGCCACAGUAAUUUGCCAGAUUUGGGCUUCUUCUAUUUUCUGUCUCUGGAAACACACUGGGGUAGGUUAUUGCUGGUUCACCUGGAAGCCCUGCCAAGUGUUUGCCUAUUGUGGAAGGACCAGUUGCCCAGAAAGAUAGUUUUGCAUUUAGGCACUUUAGACACCUGUCAAGAUUUUAACCUUAACCCAAGCAUUGAGUGAAGUGAUUUAUCUCCGGGCUUUUGAACUGUUUCUUUUGGUAUUCAUCAUGAAUUAUGAUGUUAAAUAGUAUUAAGUAGUGUUGGUUGUGUAUUUACUAGACUAAGCAGGCAUUCCAUACAGCUUACAGACACGGUCUUGCGGCGCAAAGGCAAAUCAAUUGUUACUAAAUUUCCUAAAAACAUAUGCAGAAGUUCUUAAUGGAAACUUAACAUAAAAUGCCAAUUCUGGAAAACAUCCUUUUCACCAUAGAUGCUAAUCCUUGAUCUUCUAGGUCUUGACUGAACCUAAGUGCCAAAACAUGCCCCUCUUGACUACCCAUAGAGACCAUUUACUACUGAGUUUCUGCUAUUUGGUUUAGCUCCUGCCAGGUUUUCUGCCUAAAAAGAUGGCCACCCACACACCUGAAAAGAUCCAUGAUGGCUCUGAAUCCACCAACCUGGGUGAGAGAAUCCAUUAGAAGCUUAUUUAGGUACUAAGGAGGAAGGGAGCUCAAGGAAAAAAAAGAGACAUGGAAAGAUGAAUUCCUCAGCCCCACCAACUUCCCUGGUUUAAAUCCUGUCACGUGGCUGGUUAGUCCUUUGUCUACUUAACAGAAGGGACAGCCAGGCUCUCAAGGCGAAAUCUCAGAGCAAAAUGCACCCAGUUUGCCAAGCUUUUCUGGUUAGGCCAAGGGGAGCCAUUCUGUCAAGCCUCUGAGAGCCUGGUUCUGCUGUUCCCCCAUGCUGUUCUGCUUCUUGCCUACACUAAAGGUCAAUCUUGGCACCUCCGGUUUGAAGCAGGCUGUGACCAGGGCCUCCUGAUGUAAAAUAAAGCAGCUCCUGUGCUGAAGAGCAGGGAUGCAGCAGAGCCUCAGUGGAGGGAGCACAGGCAGAGGCAGCAGGUAAGCAAGGACUCGGGAGUGUCUGACUUUAGGGAAAAGCUCUACCCAUUUCACAGACAGCAAAGUGAACUUUUCCUAAAAUUCAAGGUUAUGUGGUGUUGGGAGCAAAAAGUGAACAUAAAAUAGGAGUGAGGUCCAGCUUUAUCUUCCUACAUGGCCUUGAAUGUGCCACUUGAUACCCUUGAUCACUGGAAAGAGGCUUGAAUGCUGAACUCUGGCUCCUGUUCCUCACUGGCUGGCCACAAGGACACUCUACUUGCUUUUUUAAAACAAGGUUAUUUAAGAAUAUAGGUCAAGUGACUUGGUGCUGAAAUAUGCUAGUUUAGGAAUAUGGGAGUUUUCUUCUCUUGACCAAGUCCACUACAGAAUUCCACUAAAUUCAGUUCCCUGAAACCUAUUGUUCCUUCAUGAAGGGAUACAAAUAAAUCUACAGAAACAGCCGUAAAUGCUGGCUUCAAAUCUUGGCUGUCUCUGAGCACAGGAGUGGCUUAAACCACUCACAUUCCACCCUUGGUUUGUAAGCACCUCAGUUAUAAGGCAGUUUCUUCAGAAAUUCAGGCAUUCCCUCUGAAUAUCUGAGACAGCCUUAUUAUCCAGCAGGCAGUUUGGGAAGAUGUCAUUUCACCCUUCCAGUCAUUCAUGGAACUUGCUUUUGCAUUUGGACAGCAACAGCUACACUGCUGUUGUGGCAUUAUUACAAUACCUCAUCUUGAAUCCAUGCACUUCAGGUUUUCCUGUGAAAUGUUUAGGAAGGGAAACGUUAACUAGUUGGUGUCGGGCUGGAACACCAAUGGGCUGCUCAGGAUAGCCAGCUACCUUGCUAAGGUUUCUCAGUAUUGCCAUCUGCUCACUUUGUAAAUCUCAAGCAAAUUUCUUUCUUCUCUUCUGACUCAGAAAUCCUUAGCUUCAAACCAAGAAGCACCGCCAAGUAUUUCUCCAUGGGAGCUUGCGCCAUAGGAAGGCCCAGUGUAAUUUGCCACUGGAGACGACCACACGGUUACUAGUUUUCAAUUACCUGUGUGUUUUCAAUCUCACUGGAGGAUUUUCCCAUCAGGCAGUUCAGUGGUGGCUGCCUUGGAGUCUCCCAGAUGUGCCUCAGCUUCUUGCAUAGUACACAGGAACCCACAGGUAAAAUACUUGAAACUUCCCAGUGGCCAAGACCUUGAGCACCUUCUGAUGGGUGGAAAUGGGACUGUUUUCCUAGACAGUCUAGGCCACUGUUUUAGCCCUUGUCACGUUCCUUACUUCAAACUGAAAUUCAGUUUGGCUUUGAGUAUAGGCACAUAUGGUGGAAUCGUCUACUUCAGUGUUUGUUUUGACCAAAAGUUUAUUUUUCUAGUGCAUUUUUCUAAGUGGUGAAAUAUGUAAUUUUAGAUGCAUGACUGGAUCUCCAACAAUAAAAAUCUCUGUAAGGCUGA